AUGGAGCGGUGGUGUGGCUCACUUUUACCUGCCAUCAAGUCUCGAAAGGAGCCGUUCACAUGCCUUGCACUAAGACAGUACCAGAAAGCGCAGUUAUUCGAGGUUGUCAAUCGGUACAACUUAGUUGAGCUGAUGCCACAAAGGCGGGAUAUGGAUGUCCCUUCACGGUACGAGCAACUGUUUAAAAAGUCCGCUUAUCUAAUAUCUUUUUUACGCAAACCUGUCGUCCAGCAAUAUAUCCCUGACCUAUCUAUUCGAAAAAAUAUCGCCAAGCAUUUGACGACAUCUUUCGGUGGCUUGAUCGGGUCCUGGCUGGAUAUCCUGCUACCAACAAUGCCACGUUGGGCGAAAGUUCGCAUCGGAAAUGGAGGCGAUCUUAUUCGAGGGGCCGUUGGGCAGAUGACUGGCCAGUGGGCCUUCCGUGAUGCUUCCUUUGUUCGUUAUGAAUUGCAUGCUGAUGCAAAUGUGCACCGUCCACGAGCUAAAGAGAAGUUUGUUCGUACUGUCUACUAUGGGCGUCUCGAAUAUAUCCUACAGUGCACCAUCCCACCAAAUCCCAUAUCCAAAAAUACCGAACCCGAAAUCGUUCUUCUUGCUGUUGUGACCACUUGUGGUACACAGGGACGCGAUGCCACCCUAGAGCUGACGUAUUUCAAGGCCGUCACAUCGUACAUUGAAAUCGUCGACCUGGCCUCCAUUUGCGCAGUGGUUGGUCGCAUCCGAAUCAGUGUGGUAGAUCCUCAAUGGGCGAUUGUUGACCUCAGCGGUUCCUGGGCUCGCACCGUAUUCACAGAUGACUCGCUAGCUGCAGGUGUAGAUGUAUCCCAGCGAAGUGAACUCUGA